UGUGUGUGUCCCCCUCCCGAAACCGUGCCCCUGCCCCGCCGGUCACCAUGAACGGCCUAACGGUCAGCGAACUCUGCUGCCUCUUCUGUUGCCCGCCCUGCCCCGGGCGCAUCGCCGCCAAGCUAGCUUUCCUGCCUCCCGAGCCCACGUACACCAUCGUCCCCGAGCCGGAUCCCGCGGGGGGCUCUGGCAGCGCCUCCCCCCGAGGGGGAGCCAUGACCCGCUGGAAACUCCACCUGGCGGACCGAGCCGAUUUCCAGUAUGCCCAGCGGGAACUGGACACCAUCGAGGUGUUCCUGACCAAGAGCAGCCGGGGGAACCGUGUGGGGUGCAUGUAUGUCCGAUGUGUACCUGGAGCCAGGUUCACCGUCCUGUUCUCGCACGGCAACGCCGUGGACCUGGGCCAGAUGUGCAGCUUCUACAUCAGCCUGGGCACCCGAAUCAGCUGUAACAUCUUCUCCUACGACUACUCCGGGUACGGGGUCAGCACGGGGAAGCCCUCCGAGAAGAAUCUGUACGCCGACGUCGACGCGGCCUGGCAGGCUCUGCGCACCCGAUACGGGAUCAGUCCCGAGAACAUCAUCUUGUACGGGCAGAGCAUUGGGACGGUGCCCACGGUCGACCUGGCCUCUCGAUAUGAGUGUGCGGCUGUCAUCCUGCACUCGCCGCUCACUUCCGGGAUGCGGGUCGCCUUCCCGGAAACCAAGAAGACCUACUGUUUCGACGCUUUCCCCAACAUUGACAAAGUCUCCCGGAUCACCUCCCCAGUCCUCUUCAUCCACGGCACGGAGGACGAGGUGAUUGACUUCUCCCACGGCUUGGCCCUGUACGAGCGCUGCCCGAAGGCCGUCGAGCCGCUCUGGGUCGAGGGCGCCGGCCACAACGACAUUGAACUGUACAGCCAGUACCUGGAGCGCCUGCGCAAGUUCAUUUCGCACGACCUGGCCAGCCAGAACAACUGACGACCGCCCGUCUUGGUUUCUCGCCCUCUCCUCCUCCGGCGCCGGCGGGCGCGCGCACCUCGGUUGGGAGGGCCGGCGAGGAGGAUGGCGAGGGGCUCGCGGCUUUAGGACGGUGUUAACGAUCGCCAGUCCCUUUGCCCACCAAAGCGGGAGAGGACCCCUCAGUCCUCUGUUACAGAGGGGCGCCAGUCUUGGGUCUCUCUCGGGGGCAUUUCCUCCGACACCGGGAGCCGGUCGUUCGCCCCCCGCUGCCAUCUCUGACGUCGACGCCACGCGCCGAGCCGCCCCUCCCUGCGUGGCGCCUGCAGACUAGCCGUUUCCGCACAUCGCUGUCCUUUUU